GCUUGAAUGAAUAUGGGUGGGGAAUGAUAACGCCUUGUGUUUCGGGCUGUCUGAAAAUUUGGCUGUAAGUUGAAUUGUUGUGGGACAAAUAAAAACCAUUCAGCGGUGUGGAAAAAGACGAGUUUGGAGUGUUUAAAGGAAGGAACGGACGUGAUGCCGAUUGUCAAGUCUUUUCCAAGCCUGGAAAAAUGAUCUAAAGGCAGGUACUUUGCAUUCCUGGGAGCUCCAUGGAGGUUGAGAUGCUUGUGAUGCCAUGGCCUCCUAAGCAUGAUCCACCCCUGAUCACACCAUGAACCUGUGACCAUUGAGGUAUUUGACAGUAUUUAGUUCUGAACACCAUUAAGUCCCCAUCCAUCACAAUGUCACUGGGCGAGCAGUCGCAGAAAUGGUUCCCCACACACGUCCAAGUCACGGUCCUUCAAGCCUCAGAACUCCAGGCGAAGGGCAAGAGCGGCACAAACGAUGCCUACACGAUCAUCCAGCUCGGGAAGGAGAAAUACUCUACUUCGGUGGCAGAGAAGACGCUGAGUCCCAUGUGGAGAGAGGAGGCUUCGUUUGAGCUGCCGGGGCUGCUGGUGGAGGGCAACCCUGAGGUUUAUGAGCUGUGUCUCAUAGUCAUGCACAGGUCUCUGGUCGGGAUGGACAAGUUCUUGGGCCAGAAAUGUAUCAACCUGAACGAGGUGUUUGACAACAAGGAAAGAAAGAAGAUCAACUGGUUCACCCUGGAUUCUCGUCCUGGCAAAAAGAAAAAAGAGCGAGGAAAGAUCCAGGUGAGCAUCCAGUUCAUGAGGAACAACAUGACAGCCAGCAUGUUCGAUCUGUCCAUGCGAGACAAGCCGCGCUCGCCGUUCUCCAAACUCAAGGACAAGAUGAAGGGUCGUAAGCAUGACUCGGACGCCUCGUCUGCCAUCUUGCCUCGUUCGGCGCAGUGCGAUGCCGAAUCCCAGCUUCCUCAGCGGGUCUCGGGCCAGAAACCUCCUCACACGACUGCUACACUGGAGCCCAAACCCAAACGCUCGCUCCUCACCGGGACUCAGAAACUUUCAGCUGCUCAUUCCAUGUCCGAUCUAGUAGGAACGCACUUCAGGCCCAAGACGGAUUCUGUAAACUCGAUGGAGGACACUGGUGGCGUUGCUCCCCACCGCCGCUCUCAGAGCGAGAUGCCUGGUUACCAGGAUGGCGAGACAGGGGGCGACCCAUUCCCGGAGAUGCCGCCGAAAUUCGCCACGCUCCCACGCAACCGCAACCCCUUUGAGUCGGACCAGGGGCAGAUGUGGGACAAAAAGGAAAAGAAGGAGAAGGUGAGCUUACUGGAGCGCGUGACUGGGAAGAAGGAAGGGAAGAAGACGAGCAACGGAGGGCGAGCAGGAAGUUCAGGGGACCUUCGCUCUCCAAAUCCAUUCACCACUGAAAGCGAUACCAACCCCUUCCUGCCACAUCACAUGCCCAGCGAUCCUGCCAAAAAACCUGUGAGCAGUGAAGACUUGAGUAAGAAAAACGUUUCCCCGGAGAAAAAACAAGGAAAGAAGACCACGAGAGAGUCUGGGGCCGAACAGCUCCAGAGCAGCAUGGCGGCUUACAGCAGCCUCUCGUUCGAGGAGGUUGUGCAGGAGCUGGUCAAGCAGAAGGAGGUGGUGAAGAAGAAGGACGCACACAUCCGUGAACUGGAGGACUACAUCGACAACCUGCUGGUCCGAGUCAUGGAGGAGACGCCGAGCAUCCUGAGGACGCCGUACGAGCCCAAGAGGAAAGCAGGCAAGAUCUCUAAGAAGUAGACGUCGAACUCGGAGCGGUAUCAUUUAUAAACGGUACAGGUGGCGUUACACAAAAAAGUGACGAGACGCGAUUCUGAUCAGCGAUGAUCUCGCAAUCGCGCGUCACUCUUACGUUUACAUGUUGAUGAGAAUUCCAUGAUUCGAGAUUGUAUGACCUUUUAAAAACUGGUGACCGAACGAAGGACUUUUGUGCCAAUGCCUAACACUGGCUUAGAGCUUUUUAUUGGGUCUCUUGUUUAUACAAUGAUCUUUGUAAAGACGUCCGGUCGUUUCUGUGGCGGUGUGGGAAAACCUGUCGAACGUCACAGUAGCCAAAAAAUACAAGAAAAAAAUAAUCGGUUUUGGUCAAAAAUCUGUUUUUAAUUUACUUUUUAAGCUUGUUAAUGAUUUUUGUGAUGAUUCUGUUUCAAAAAAAAAAAACACACACAAAAGGGUACAAACAGUCGCUAGCUAAAACCUUACUAGCUAAGUGUGAGACAGGUCAUAGAGGGAAUGUCGGGCUUCGAUCGAGUUGUUUGCUACAUUUUGGACAGUUGAUUAACGUCUGGCAAGAUGUCCCCGAUGCUCCUGUUCUGCAGCUGGGAUCUAAUAUUUAAAUAUAAUUUACUCCCUUUUCACAUUUGGUCGUGUGUGUAUGUGUAUGUGUAUGUGUGUGUGUGUGUGUGUGUGUGUGUGUGUGUGUGUGUAUAUACAUACAUACACAUACACACACACACACACACACAUUUAUCCAUAUGAAGAAUUUGCCCAGGCUGCCACACAUAUAUCUUAUUCUAUAAAAGAAUGUGUUAAAAAAGACCAACAUUGCGUUCUCACCGAAACCGACUGUGACGGGCUGAUUUUACACAGCAUGAAUAUUUAAUACAUUAAAACAAACGUUUUGGGAUUUUUUUUUUUUUUUCAUUUCUUUUUUUUGUUUUUUAUGCACUUCUCUUCAGCCUUUUGCUUUAUGAAUCACCUUCAUACUAAACAUUCCUGUUCCCA